AUGGCGUCGGGCCUGAGCCGCGCCGAGUUGGACAACAUCACCGAUGAGGUUCUGGCAGCGAUCGGCUUCAGCCCCGGUCGGGGGCCCGUGGAGCAGCAGAACAGCGACUCGGACGCGGAGAUGAUAUCCGACACGGACGCCUUCUUCGUGCUGUUCAGCGGCUACCUGGUGUUCUUCAUGCAAUGCGGAUUCUGCAUGCUUUGCGCGGGCUCUGUGCGCGCAAAGAACUCGAAGAACAUCAUCCUGAAGACGCUGCUGGACACGUGCUUCGGCGCGCUGGGUUGGUACCUCCUGGGGUACGGCCUGGCCUUCGGCCACCGGUCCAACGACUUCCUGGGCAUCACCAACUUCGCCCUGCACGACGUGUCGGCAUCGAAGUACCACACAUGGCUCUUCCAAUAUGCGUUCGCGGCGACGGCCACCACGGUCGUCUCGGGGGCCGUCGCGGAGCGCACGAAGUUCGGCGCCUACAUGCUCUACGCCGCCUUCCUCACCGCGUGGGUGUACCCCGUCAUCGUGCACUGGGUGUGGGCGCCCGAGGGCUGGUUCACCGCCCACAAGACAUACAAGUCGGCGCUGUUCAACGGAACCGGAUUAAUUGACUUUGCAGGCUCCGGGGUUGUGCACAUGACUGGAGGUAUAUCUGGAUUGAUAGGCGCGUGGAUUGUGGGACCCCGCAUUGGACGCUUUGACAACCAUGGACGGGCACGUGAAAUACCUGGCCACUCCGCCUCCCUGGCCCUGCUGGGCAUCUUCAUCCUGUGGUUCGCAUGGUACGGCUUCAACCCCGGCAGCGCGCUGUCCAUCGUGGGCGCCUCUGAGGCGGCAGCUCUGAGUGCCAUCAACACCACCCUGUCUGCAGCCACGGGCUGCCUGACGACUCUCGCGAUCUCCAUGGUCAUCAGCCACCAGAUCACAGGAAAUUUGGUGUGGGACGUGAUCGGCGCAGGCAAUGGAGCCCUGGCUGGGCUGGUGUCGAUCACAGGCGCCUGUGCACUGGUGCAGCCAUGGGCGGCCUGCGUGAUCGGCAUCGCUGGGGGAUUCAUGUAUGCGCUGGCAUCGAAUUUGUUGCUGAAUUGGCUCAAGAUCGACGAUCCUCUAGAUGCAUUCUCUGUACAUGGCGUUUGCGGUGUGUGGGGACUUGUUGCUGCAGCUUUGUUUGCAGAUGAGAGCCUAAUCAACACCAGCUACUACCCUGUCCUUAAUGACAAUGGCAGUCCGGGGUCAAGAGAAUUUGGACUGCUUGUUGGUGGUAAUGGACAACUCCUGGCAUCUGCGACGGCAGGCAUUAUGGUCAUAUCUAUAUGGAUUGCUAUUCACAUGCUUCCCGCAUUCUGGCUGAUGAAGAAGCUCCAAGUGCUGAGGGUGGACCCCUUUGAGGAAAUCGAGGGCCUUGACACAGUCCACCGCAAAGAUCCUGUGUACCACAGGGAGUUGAAAAAGUCCCCGUUCGAUGUGAUCUCCACAGCUGAGGCAUCAGCCCAUGCAAAGGAAUCUGAAGCCUCAAGCCACGGCAAAGUGGUCGAGGAAAUACUCAAUGACCUGGAGAUGAUGAAGGGGCAGAUACACCGCGUGUUUGAGAUGCAACAGCUAGGCAGCAGGGAGCUCACCAGCAGGGAACACACGCCUCGCAGUGGCCGAUGGCGAUCGUGA